AUGGCUGCAGAAAGGGUGAACAUAAUUCACUUAUUAGCAAGUCCACACGGGCUGACCUGCAGGAUACCACUUGCAGAGAAGAAGAUUGGGUAUGAGUUGGAAGAGGUGCAUAAGUUUCGUAGCAGCAUGGCCACUCUUGAAGAGGUAAAAGAGAGUUGCAAGAGCCUCCCGGUUCUCAUUCACAACGGCAAAGAGAUCUAUGAGUUUCGUACUGUGGUGGAGUAUAUUGACGAGGCCUGGAAGAGCCGCUCCGCCUUCCUGCCUUUAGAUCCUUACAAGAGAGCUCAAGCGCGGUAUUGGUUUGACUUCAUUGACAAGGAGGUGAAUCUCAUCCUAGUGAUUAAUAGACAGCUGGUGGCCAUCUCGUUGUUUUCCGCUCCUUCUCUUGUGGCUUGGCUGUGGGGGUUAGCAUGUGAUACAGAGGCUGCCAAGAAGGAGCUCGUAUCGACUCUGAAGGAAUUGGAAGUGGAGUUAGGGGACAAGCCUUACUUUGGGGGAGAAAGCCUGGGCCUCGUCGACAUAGUCCUCCUCCCCCACUAUGCCUGGUUCCAUACGUAUGAGAGGUGCGCGGACUUCUGUAUCCAAGCACACUGCCCCAAGCUCAUCGGAUGGGCUAAACAGUGCUUACGGAAGGCGAGUGCGUCCCAGUGCCUUCCUGACCCGGACGAGGUCUAUGAGAACGCCAUGAAGCUCAAGGAAAGAGUAGAUGAAAUUACCCCUGUUGUUGCUAUAGCAAAAUUUUUUUCUAGGCUUGCAUCCCGCUGUGAUUCUGAGCACAUGUUGGGUGACAUUUUCUUUGGUCGUCUUGUGGGAGCAGAAGCCUGGGUGUCUGAAUCACCUGCUUGA